AGAGAAUAUAUCAAGUUAUCUUCCUCAAAAGAACCCAGCUACUAUUCGUAGGAAAGUGGGUGUCACGUUGUGGUUGUGCAAGAUCGCUAGGAGCAUAUCGAUAAGAACUGACAGCGAAGUUUGCCUCAUCCAUUACCAAGCUUCCAUCAAAACUUCCAUCAAACAUCACAGACUGAGCACCGCCGCCAUGACCAGUUUAAAACGUGCGCAGGACCCGCAGUCACUCUCUUCUAGUAUUUCUAGCAAGGUUUAUGUUAGAUCUACGCGAAGUGGAAAAGUGCAAAAGAUCGUCCGGGAAGUUUACCUCAGAACUGACAUUCCAUGCUCGUCCAAGCUAUGCAGAGCUUGCUUGGCCAUUGCGCCCAAAAAUGCAGCCCAGGAAGUGCAACCUUUUGUUUUGUCGGAGAAGCCUGCAGCUACAGCCGCAUUUCCCCAGGGCCACUAUCUGAUUCCAGAUACCAACGCUUUGCUCAAUGGGAUGGAUCUUUUUGAACAGAGCUCUGCAUUUUACGACGUAAUUAUUCUUCAGACUGUAUUGGAAGAGCUCCGAGGACGGUCAUUCCCGUUGUAUAACCGUCUAGUUGGUCUCACCAAAAGUGAAGAUAAGAGGUUCUAUGUUUUCUUCAACGAUUUUCGCCAGGAAACAUAUGUCACCCGAGAGGCCAAUGAAACUAUCAACGAUAGAAAUGACCGAGCCGUUCGUCAGGCUGUCAAGUGGUACGGGGAGCAUCUGUCAACAACAAAGGCGAAGCAGAUCCCAGCUGUGGUCAUGUUGACCGAUGACCAGGAAAACAUUCGCAAGGCAAAGGCCGCUGGUCUACAUGCCGUCACAUUGAGAGAAUACGUAGGGGGACUCGAAGAUAGCGAUAAGCUUCUUGACAUGGUUGCAGAAUCUCAGGGCAAGGGAGACUUCAAACGAUCAACACAACCACUCUAUCCCGAAUACUUCUCGUUAUCCAAGAUGAUGACUGGAGUCAAGGCUGGCUUGAUGCACCAGGGCAUCUUCAACGUAUCCCCAUACAACUAUCUUGAAGGCUCCAUUAAGGUGCCAGCCUUCCCGAAGCCUCUACUGAUUUUGGGCCGCGAAAAUAUUAACCGCUCCGUCGAUGGCGAUCUCGUUGUUGUCGAGCUGUUGCCACAGGAUCAAUGGAAACAACCGUCGACCAAGAUUCUGGAGGAAGAAACGAUUACCAAGAACGAGAACGCAGACACAGACGAGCGACAAGACUUCAUCUCGGACAAAGAGCGCAAGGCUCUGCAGGAAGAGGUGAAGCGCACACAGAAGAACACAUCAGAAUCGCAACCCCAACCCACUGCUAAAGUGGUUGGUGUAGUCAAGCGCAACUGGCGCCAGUACGUUGGCCACAUUGAUCCCUCAUCGGCGGGUAGCGGCUCAAGCCAGGGCCGUAAACAGGACAGUGUCUUCCUUAUCCCGAUGGACAAGAAGAUCCCCAAGAUCCGCCUACGAACAAGACAAGUCUCCGAACUCCUGGGCAAGAGAUUGCUCGUGACUAUCGAUGCCUGGGAUCGCGAUUCACGCCACCCCGUUGGCCAUUUUGUUCGCUCUCUGGGCGAACUUGAGACCAAGGCAGCUGAGACGGAAGCCUUACUUCUCGAAUGGGAUGUUCAGUACCGACCAUUCCCCAAGACGGUCCUUGACUGCUUGCCUAAAGAAGGCCACGACUGGAAAGUACCAGCAGACACCAGCGACCCUGGUUGGCGAGACCGUGAAGAUUUGCGUGGCCUCUUGAUCUGCAGUAUCGAUCCGCCAGGUUGUCAGGAUAUCGACGACGCGCUGCACGCACGAAAACUACCCAACGGAAACUACGAGGUUGGCGUCCACAUCGCGGACGUCUCUCACUUCGUCAAGCCCGCCAAUGCCAUGGAUACAGAAGCCAGCAUCCGCGGCACGACCGUCUACCUGGUGGAUAAGCGUAUUGACAUGUUGCCUAUGCUGCUUGGUACAGACCUGUGCUCGCUAAAACCCUAUGUUGAGCGAUACGCCUUCUCUGUUAUUUGGGAAAUCGACGAAAGUGCAGACCUUGUCAGUGCCCGAUUUACCAAAUCCGUCAUCAAGUCCCGCGAGGCCUUCAGCUACGAACAAGCACAGCUUCGCAUCGACGACGCAUCUCAACAAGAUGAUCUUACCAACGGUAUGCGCAUGCUGCUCAUGCUCUCCAAGAAGCUGAAGCAGAAGCGUAUGGAUGCUGGUGCACUGAGCCUGUCAUCGCCCGAGGUCAAGGUGCAAAUGGAGUCUGAGACGUCGGAUCCCAUUGACGUCAAGACCAAGCAGCUUCUGGACACCAACUCGCUCGUCGAAGAGUUCAUGUUGUUUGCCAACAUUAGCGUCGCCGCCAAAAUUUACGAAGCAUUCCCCCAGACUGCCAUUCUGCGUCGCCACGGUGCGCCUCCCAAGACCAACUUUGACGAGCUGGCCGAACAGCUCCGCGUAAAACGCGGCCUCGAACUACGCAGCGACUCCUCCAAAGCCCUUGCAGACUCUCUUGACGCUUGUACCGACCCCAAGGAACCCUUCUUCAACACCCUUGUUCGCAUCAUGGCCACAAGAUGUAUGAUGAGCGCUGAGUACUUUUGCUCCGGCACGCAAUCAUACCCCGAGUUCCGCCACUACGGUCUCGCCUCUGAGAUCUACACGCACUUUACAUCGCCUAUUCGCCGAUACGCCGACUUGUUGGCCCACAGACAGCUUGCUGCGGCCAUUGACUACGAGGCAGUGCACCCAUCGGUGCGCAGCCGCGGCCGUCUGGAAGCCGUGUGCAAGAAUAUCAAUGUGCGCCACCGCAACGCGCAAAUGGCAGGCCGCGCAAGCAUUGCCUACUAUGUCGGCCAAGCACUCAAGGGCCGCGUGGCCGAGGAGGAAGCGUUUGUCAUGAAGGUCUUCAGUAACGGCUUUGUGGUGCUUGUGCCGCGCUUUGGCAUCGAGGGCCUGAUUCGCUUGCGGGAUCUCGCGGAAGUCGAGCCCCAGGGCGAGUAUGAUGCAGAAACGUUUACGCUUACGACUACGGGAAGUAGAGAGGUCAAGGUGGAGCUAUUCCAAAAGGUUCUUGUCAAGGUCAUGGACGAGAAGGAUGAGAAGACGGGCAAGAGAGGCGUAAAGAUGGAGUUGAUUCGAGCAUAGAUUAUUUCUUUUAUUUUGAGAAGCAAAAGUAGAAAGGGAACUAAGUUAUGAUAUGAAACACCAAAGGCUAUGUAAGUCCAGCAUAUAUAUAUGAAGAAUAGAAAUUCAAGAGUAAACACCGGUGAAAAAAAAGUGUACACAGAGUCAUCAUCCACAGCUCAUAUCACAUCAUUUUUGGGCUAGAGGUGGCAGUUAUUACCAUGCUAGGUCCUGCCGCAGGUUAUGCCAGCCUCUAUCUAAGCCACUUAGCCGUCUGCUAAGGUAUAUCGAUGCUCUUCGCUGAGUUGGCUCCAAGUAGAUAUCCACAGCAUGGACGAGAUUUUCCUGUGGGAUAGGCAGCAGAUCUUCAGCACCCAUCCGGGCGAGGUCAAACUCGAUACCGGCUUCCUCCAUGAGCAUAACCUGCUCACAGACAAGGGCGUUACCGGUGCUGUCCCACUGGCCUUCGGACUCUGGGGCGCUGAGCAUGAGGGAGAUGGCUCUACGGCGAGUGACGGGGCAGCGGCACUUGGUUCCUGUUACAUACAGGGGCUGCAUGAUAGUCAUCUCGAGAGCAAAGUCGGCGCGGUCAACAGACUGUUUCUGUCGACGAUGGUGUAGAAUCUCAGCUGCUAGUUGGACGAUCUCGGCAAACUCGGCAGCAUACCGGUCGUAGAUGGUCUCAUCUGGGUCCAGACAGCCGGCCAUGUUGAUAACGGCGGUGAGGUAUUUGAUGCGGAGAAGAGCAAUUUGUAGAACCGACAUUUUGGAAGUCUUUUCCACUGACUCUAGAUACUUCUUGUAAAAGGCACGCAGCUGGGCAUUGACAGCAACCUCUUCAGCGAAAGCAAACUCCGGGAUAGGGGCUUGCUCGCGAUAUCGAAAGUCGUCUGCAGUGCCACGGAUAAAGCGGUACAUGUGGUUUGUAAUGCUCAUGAGCUUGAGAUCGGCUUCUUGAUAUACUGAAUCAAAGACAAAGACUCGAGAAGCUACUUUGUCGGGUUCUAGAGCGGGUGGACGCAUGCCGAGGAAGACGGCAGCUUGGAGAUCGAGUUUGGCAAAGGCUGUUGUGAU